AAAAAAGUUUUCUCCCGAAUGAAAGAUCAUUGUGGUUCUUCUGGACAUUUCUCUCUCUUCUCCUAAGCUUUUGAUAAGGAGGUGAGAAGGGGAAAGAAAAAAGGCUCAUUAGUGUUUUCCUUUUCUCUCUUCAAAAAGAACCUUUUUUUUUUUAUUAGGAAGAAGGAAAUUAUUUUCUUUUCUUUCUUUUCUUUUUCUUUUCUCUGAAAGCAAACAAACAAACUAACAAUACUCCAAAAUUAUAAACAGGAACAGAAAAUUGAAAAUAAGAAAAAGAAAACAUUACGAAUAAAAAGAAAGAAAACCAAGAAAACCCAUCAUCAUUUUUGACCUUAUAAAAAAAAAUUUGAAAAAUAUCUCUUUCCCUAUCUCCCCUCGUCCUCUUUCUAUAAGACCCCUCCAUGUUGAUUCCUCUCUCUCGAAUUUGCAGGUUAAGAUCUGCAACCAAAUCUCUCUGAUUUCAGAUUUCUGCGAUAUCAACUGGGUUGGAAAAAGAUUCUUUUUGAAAAUUUGGGUUUCAAGAAAUUGGAUUGAGCAAAUCUUGCUGUUGUGGUUUAUUUGGAUCUGGGCUUUUCUAUACAAGGAAUGUCGCUGUUGUUAAAAGGGGAUUCUAUUCAGAUUCGCGAGGUUUGGAAUGAUAAUCUUGAAGAAGAAUUUUCUCUUAUUCGUGAAAUUGUUGAUGAGUAUUCCUAUAUAGCUAUGGACACCGAGUUUCCAGGCAUUGUGUUGCGUCCCGUAGGAAAUUUCAAGAAUAGUAAUGAGUAUCAUUAUCAAACUUUGAAGGAUAACGUUGAUAUGUUGAAGUUGAUUCAAUUGGGUCUUACAUUUUCAGAUGAGCAAGGAAACUUACCCACGUGUGGAACUGAUAAAUAUUGCAUUUGGCAGUUCAAUUUCCGUGAAUUUAAUGUGAAUGAGGAUGUUUUUGCAAAUGAUUCGAUUGAACUUCUGCGGCAAAGCGGGAUUGAUUUUAAGAAGAAUAAUGAAAGGGGUAUUGAUGCUAUGCGAUUUGGUGAGCUGUUGAUGUCAUCAGGGAUUGUUUUGAAUGAUAGUGUGCAUUGGGUAACUUUCCACAGUGGUUAUGAUUUUGGUUACUUGCUUAAGCUCUUGACAUGCCAGAAUUUGCCUGAUACACAACUGGGGUUCUUUAACUUGAUCAAUAUGUACUUCCCCACCCUAUAUGAUAUCAAGCAUUUGAUGAAGUUUUGCAAUAGCCUUCAUGGAGGGUUGAAUAAGCUUGCAGAGUUGUUGGAAGUGGAGAGAGUUGGGAUAUGUCAUCAAGCAGGUUCAGAUAGUUUGCUCACAGCUUGUACAUUCAGGAAAUUAAAAGAGAACUUCUUUAGUGGCUCCUUGGAAAAGUACGCCGGUGUGUUGUAUGGUUUAGGUGUUGAGAAUGGACAGAGUACUCAUUGAUUGUGAAAAUAAAAUAAGAAAAUCCUGAAAAAAAAAAUUAUUAGAGAGAUGCUUAAUCAACUGUAUGUGCGUGUGCUUAACACCCACAGUUCAUGUACACUUUUGUCAUCAAGUCUUCUUAAUUUAUGAACAUUUUAAUAUUCUUAAUA